CAAAGAACGGUUUGGAGCAAAAAUGGCUAUUUUGUUGCUAAUUUGCAGGAAAUAUCUAGAAGAAAGUUCUACAGAAAGUAGCUAAGGGUCCUCAGAAAUGUAGCUAGCUUUGUCACUAGGCAUUAGGAACAGCAACAAAGUGGCACUGCCUCUCUCUCUGCUGCUAAAGCUACGGAUAGCAAAUGCUACGGGCGAUGCCUGAGCGUGAACGCACAUGAUGCAGCCUGCUCGACCCGAGCAUGUCUCUUUUUCUGUGAUUUUACAGAAAAACAGGCAAUAACAGUAAAAAUGCCAGGGCUCAUCCUACAGGACCAGGGCAUUGCAGGAGAAUGUAUGAAGAAGACAUUUAUUAUUUCUAUACAUGUUUUGACUGUCAAACUGCCUUAUAGUCCCUUUAAAAGGCAGCAUCAGGGUGUGUGAACUGAUGAUGAAUGCAGAUAACUGGUGAAGUGAAACUAGUCAGUGCCAAGCUUAGAAAGGGCCACACUACAGGGUCACCCACAUCCAGACGUUGAACACAUUACUAAACAAAGAUGUUUUCAUUAGUGACUGAGCAAGGUUUUCUUUAUUCAUCAUAAAGUUAAAGAGCAAGUCACCCCAAAUCAGCUUUUUUUCUGAUAAACUAUAUAAAUGCGUGUCUGAUCGUGCUGCAGACACGUGUAGUCAGUAGUUUUGCACUUAAGUGCAUUUUAGUUAAAAAUUUAAUUUUCUGCCUAAAACUGUCAGUGUUGCGCUGUUGUCAGGUAAAAACGCUGCACUGCAUUUGAAUUUAAAUCUGCCAUCGCUAUUGGCUAAGAGGUGCCCUGGAACAUUAGCUGGUACCAUAUGAUGUCACAAUGUUGUGAGCCUGUGUGUGUGUGUAUUUGUUAGCGGCUCCGCCCUCUCGGUCUGCUAGGCAACAGCAUUUGUUGCAUUUUUCAAACAGGAAGUGGGAGUAGAGUAAUACUCUGGUAGGGGGGGACUUGCUCUUUAAGGUCACGGAGGACGACGUCCUGGACGCUCUGGAGACUGUUCUACAGUCUCACAUGUCGUCACCAGCAACCAGAGGCUUCGCUCUCACCGCCACCAUGAAACUGAGCACACGCAUCUCUGACAAUGUGGACUCCCACUGUGACCAUUUAUGAGAAACAUGGCGUGACUUUGACACUCGGCUGUGAACAAGAGUCAGACUCGGGCCUGUUGGCCACCCUCACAGCCUCCAACUCCUCUGACUCAGACAUCAGCAGCUUCACCCUGCAAGCUGCAGUACCCAAGAGCGUGCAGCUACACAUGAAGGCCCCCAGCAGAGACUCUCUUCCUGCUCGAGGUGCAGCUGAGCUGACCCAGACGGUGGUUCUCAGCAACCCAAACAAGGUUAAUCUGAAAAUGAGGAUUCGUAUCUCGUACACCAGCCAGGGAUCAGCUGUUCAGGACACAGUCCAGGUUGACUCCUUGCCUGGACUCUGAUCGUGUGAAUCUGGAGUCCUCGGAGCACCGGUUUUGUUGUUUUUCUCUGAAGAAUGUCCUUGUGACGGUUUUUCUACUCAUCAGGAACAUGGUGUCAAACUUCCAUAAUGCCCCUUUAAACAAACAAAAACAAACUCAUUUAGAGAUCAUCAAACCUCUAAGGGAAUCUCCGUGCAGAACUCAGCCGGGAGAAAAAAUCUUUUACAAAAAUGGAGAUGAGCUUUCAGAAGACCGUAGAAGAAAAGGCCGCUUCACAAUAAGAGCUCUGCAUAAAGUAUGAACUUGAUGGUACAUCCUCUAAAAUUCAGAUUGGAAAUUUGGAACAGGAGCUUAAUAAAUAGCUGACAAAGAAACUGGAGAACAGACAAUGAUGCCUUGAUGGCUGAAUAAACAUCUCUGCAAGAACACACGAUCUUAGAAAUGUCUAUUAGGAAUCAUCUAGACCGUUUCAUGGCUAGACACAUGUAGAAGCCUUGGACGGGGACUUCAAGGACCUCAGGUAUAAAACUGAGUUUUUCACCACAACAAAUGGCAGAAAGUUUAGAAAUGAAACUCAAAAAAAAAAAAAAAAAAUCAGGCUCACGUGGAAACCAAAACAGGCCACUAAAAACAUGGAGGCUUUCUGUAUCUGGAUGGCCAGACUUCCACAACCUGCAGGAAGGCACCUUUGCUAAAGACUGAAGAACAGCUACAGAAAGAUCAGAACAGGUCUUCAUACAACAAGCUCAGCAUGGAGGAAAAGGAUUCAGGUGAAAAACCCUCGGACUUUCCCACCACUGACCCAGAACCUGUCCAUGACACUAAAGCCCAGGACACUUCUGUUCUCCCAACAACAAACCCAGAUUUAAAUGAGAAAGAAGAUCUGGAUACUGAGCUUGAGAACAUUUCAUAGCUCCCAGAAACCAGAACCAAGAGGUCCUCCCCCUUGGGGAAAAAAUGUAAUUUUUUAGGUUUGAGGAAACCCAAAUCAUGGAAGAACAAGAGCACUUCCGUCAGAGACCCAAAGAAUCACUUCCUUUCCCUCACACACUACAGGGCACGCCUAUGGGGGUUAAUAUAUUCGCACAGUCCUCUUCUCAUUCAUGUAGGUCGACCACCCUCCAGGUUAGGUGUGGAAGGAACCAUCUGUUUUAGUGUUUGCAAUUCUAUCCAGGAUGUGGGUGGAGGUGAAGUUCAUUGUGCUUCAGGAAGAGAACUAGUAAAAAGUUUUAUUCUAUAGGCACUUGAUGGCUGUGAGAGAAAUAGAUGUAAAAAACUUCCAUUUCUACCUGCCAAGCUUCAGCCUCACUGAAGCCUUCUCCAUGGCCUGGACUGGUGACGUGGCUUAAAUCCGGUAUUCCUGGUGCACAUCAUGCAGGAGUGACCCGUGGAG